UUGCAUAGAAAAUGAAAUUCGAUUCAUUUUUACUAUUUCUGCUGCUGCUGAGAAAUACCUUCUGCACCCAUACCUAAAUGCAUGUCUCCGUAAAUUACGACCAUGUCCAAGGGAAACAGGAUGACAGGAACCUAACGAAAACCUAGUGACCGACAAAAAUCUUGCAAAAAAAUGACAAUGACAAUCAUUAAAAGAUCGUAAAGCCAAUUUAAAACACUUUUUCCACAGCAAGUACAUGGAUAUUUUGGCCAUCUAGAAAUAGACAGGGAUUUAACGACUCUGCCAUGCUUGUCAUUUCCCCUCCUGAAUCAAGUCAAGUACACUUGUAGGAAAAAUCUACGGGUUAUAAAUGUGAAGAAAAUUGGGGUUUACGAUCCCAUAUAUAUCUAAAUACACAGCAUGCAUGCACAUUCAGACAUCUCCAAUAUGCAGACGACUCUCCGAGUUGGUAUGGAUUUAGAAUCCAAUUAUGGCGAUAGAGCAACGUUUGAACGUAUGCAAUUUGUGACAAGUAAGUACAUAUGUACCCAGAGAUAAUUGUGCUGCGGGUUUAUUUUACAUAGAUUGAAUCCAACUCUGAUUUCUAUUGUGGUAUCAAACCUCCUAAAUUACAAGGCUGGGGUUUAUUAUGACCUCAAAAGGGAAGUGUACCAGGCAAAAUGCGGGGUGACAUGUGUCGAAUGAUUGGCUCAGAAAAUUGCUUCAUGAAAAAUUAUAAUCGCUCAGAAUUUGUUAAUGGAAACAUUCAGUAUUAAAUUAUCCACAGUUGAGUGAAGAAGUUGGUGAAAAAGUGGGAUUUUAUUUACUUAAUUAACUCUAAUUUGAAAUUGAAGGGAUAAAUUAUUCAUUAACUUGUGAUUUAUUCAGACAGAAUCAAAUUGGUAUUUGUGUAUGUGGAAGGAAAAUGUGGUUUAAUAAAGAGGCAAAGAACGGCAAGCAUACUAUUUUCGCUGCAUACUUUAUUAGACUGGGGUGGAUUUUCAUUUUCAUAAAUUCUGUGAAUUCUGUAUCAAUUGCGCCUCGCAGAAUCACCACCAGCACCACUGACCCUGAAGUAUUGAUACCCGACCUUACUUCUCCUACAACGAGGAGCAAUGUGACUUUGAAUCCUUCCCCUUCACCAGGCUCCGACUGGAUAAAAUUAAAAACGAGAAACGCAGUGAAAAGCAAACAGAGAAAUAAUAAGUUGUUUUCUCGGGGAGAAAGCAAUACCGAAAAUAAAUCCACCACCAUCCGUUUUUCAAUCCCCCUUCUUUCCAACAACAACAAAAACAACAUUUCUACUUCUUCUUCUUCAGCAGGAAAAGCAAUUAAUAAUCCACCCGAAUUCGGGAGAAGUAGACGCGUUAAUUUUCAUAAUGUCGGAAGAAGACGGUCCAAUCGGGUGGAAACAGAUAGUGAAAGCAUGGCAGCGAAACGGACCACAACAACAACAACAACCAGUGUGAAACCAAUGAAGAAAAUGGAAAAACUGUCGCUCGGCACGAAUUUCCAUGCCAGUCCGUUGAUCAGCGUGGGUGUGGAGACGAUAAAUUCUUCUGGGAAUGAAAAUAUGCAAAACCUAUUAAAAUAUGGUUAUCACCCUCACACUCCUAUGAGUUUUCUCUCUCUCCAGCAGGACUCCGAUUAUACGACCCAGCAAAAACACCACAAUUCUGAUAAUUCACGCAUGAAGGGCUUUAACAUUUUGGAAUUGAGGGAAACUCAAUACAAUGCGGCGGACCAGUCCAACAGUAUUUUGCGAAAUGUAAAAACUGAUCCCAUAAAUCCCCAUCCGAAUAAUCAACGUCAAACCGAUGGAGGAGAGGGGAUGCAUCAUAAUACGGGUAGUGAUGCGGGUGGAAAUGGGAAUAAUGACAAUCUGAAUGAUGGAUUUGGUAAUUACUACCAAAAUUUUCACCAAACGGGGAAGGAAACUUUAUCCCAGGAUCGAGCUGGCAGCAGACGUCCUAAAACUGGAAAUUAUCAAAGUUUAGGAUCCAACCAGGCUUUGCCAUCAUCAAAGCGUGGUUAUUAUGAUAGUAAAGCCACUUUUGAUGUCCAAAGUCAUAACAGAGCAGAAAAAUCAUCCCCCAUUACGAGGGAGAUUAGCAACGAGGGAAAAAGUGGUGGUAUUAGUGAUGAUGUUUAUGCUGGUAAUGGGGAAAAAGUGCAUCAACCGGAACUUGCUUUCCCCAUCGUUGACGAGGAAAUAGCACCACUUAAAGAGAGUUUAGCCCAACAUGUUGCUCUUAAUCCUGGUGCUGAGACAUAUAAUCGUAACGGGAAUGAUCAUGUUUCACUAAAAAAUGGACAUGACCACCAGCAGCCGACUCAUGUUCAUUAUUAUUACCCACGACAUAACGAAGAACAUCAACAAGUGAAAGUGCAGCAACCUGAUUACUCGCCUGGCAGACCAAGUCCAUCCGACGUUGCUGGCCUGGUUAUCGUCCAACUGCAUAAUUCAGACCAGAUAAAAAAUCUUUCUCCUCAUCAACUUUCACCUGAAGUGAAAGUGCACAAUUUCACGCAGGAUAAGGGGCAAAAUGCAAUUUUUCAUGACCAGCUUAUGCACCAGCACGAAUCACCACAUCAUAUCGGUCGUACGCUGGGUCACUAUUUGUAAGGGUCGUGGUCAUGAUACUCAUUGAUAAGCAUUGCUUUUUACGCAUAAUUUUUCUCAUAAUGUUUCUAAUUUAUGUAUGGAUCAGGAUAGCUUGAAAAGUCCCUCUGACCCUGUGGCGUCAUCGCAUUCAUCUCCCCAUACCCACGACUCCCACUCGAAGGAAGAGGAGGAAUUCGAUGAGGGCAGAAUCACCAUUUCCAAAGUCAUGUUGGGAUCCAAGUCCCUCAAGAAGGGGACAACCCUUGUGAUUCUGGCGUCAAUAGUAGUGGUCGUUAUUUGUGCUGGGCUUGGAGCUGCGGGGGCGUCAUUGAGUCCCAUCAUUUUUCCAAUUUUGCUUCUUCCCAUCGCCAUCGUGGCUUUUCUUCUCUUCAUUCCAUCAAUCAUCCUCUUUGUCCCGAUCGUCAUUGCGGGCUUGGCUGGUGGUCAGGAAAAGAGGAGGCGAAGAAUGGAUGAUAGCACUCAAAUAUUUGCAAAUCAUGAACUCUGGGCCUGUCUCAGUCGGGCGGACAACAUAAUUAGCAAAAUUUUUAGAACUGAUUUGGACGCCAUCAUUGCCAAAUUAUAAAUACUAAAAGUUCAAACAAUCGAUAUGCUCCUUUCUCAAAAUUGUACAAAGAAUCAUGACCGUUAUUGUUAUUAUGAGCUACCAACUCUGUUGUAUACAUAGGCUUGGAUAAUAAUUUAUUGAUCGUAAUAAUGACAUAUUUAUUAGUAAUACCCACAAAAAUUAAUGGAUAUUACAAAUUACAGAUACUUCAGUAAUAUAUAUAUAAUAAGGUCUAUCACAUAUUUUUAUGUUUUUCGUCAUCAAUUUCUUAUUGCAGUGUGUGUGUAAUAACAAAUAUAAUAACGAAAGGAAUAAUAAAUAAGGCGACAGGUUUUAAAAAAUACUUGUGAAAUCC